AUGCACUCGUUGCUUUCAUCUUCUUUGUAUUUCUGGGUUUCCUCCAAAUCAGAUAUCCCGAGAACCGCACCCCAUUUCACCUUCAUCCAAAAGACCAUUUGGGUUGCCAUUACUACUUUCAUUGCUUAUUAUUGCUUGGCCUCCUUGGGAAGGCUCAUGUAUGCCAUACGGGAUCAUCGCUUUGACACCCUCAUCAACUUGUCCGGUUCGCUCUCGUUGCUUUGCUUGGUGGUGCUGUUGCUACCCGAAGCUUGGGAAUCAUUCGGUUUCGUUAUCUACACCGUAUGUUUCAUCACUCAUGUACUCUGCGAGUUCAUCACCAAUUUCAGAGAGGUCAGGGUGGAACGUGGACCAAUGAGGAGGGUGGUGCGUCCAGUGUUACCAAUACCUCAAUGGAUUUCAAUUAAUUGCUACAUCACUGGGUCUAAUUCAGCGUUACUUCCUUUUCUAAUUCUAUAUCUUUUCUCGUUUUUGUUCAAUGAGUACAUGCAUGAAGUCCAAUGUUUCAAAGCAUAG